AUGGCGAACGAUAGCCAUGCAGCUGACAACAUUCUGCAAAAUGUGUCUCCUUUAACAGCGUUUUUAAAGUUGACAUCAUUGGGCUUUAUUAUAGGAGUCAGUGUGGUGGGUAACCUUCUUAUCUCAAUCUUGCUUGUCAAAGAUAAGACCUUACACAGAGCUCCCUACUACUUCCUGUUGGAUUUGUGUUGCUCAGACAUCCUGAGAUCUGCUAUUUGUUUUCCAUUUGUAUUCACUUCCGUGAAGAAUGGCUCUACUUGGACUUAUGGGGCUCUUACUUGCAAAGUGAUUGCCUUUCUUGGGGUGUUGUCUUGUUUUCACACUGCAUUCAUGCUAUUCUGUAUAAGUGUCACCAGAUACUUAGCUAUAGCCCACCAUCGGUUUUACACAAAGAGGUUGACAUUUUGGACUUGUCUGGCAGUGAUUUGCAUGGUGUGGACCUUAUCGGUAGCUAUGGCCUUUCCACCAGUCCUAGAUGUUGGCACCUAUUCCUUCAUUAGAGAGGAAGACCAAUGCACAUUUCAGCAUCGUUCCUUCAGGGCUAAUGAUUCCUUGGGAUUUAUGUUACUUCUUGCUCUCAUUCUUCUAGCCACACAGCUUGUCUACCUCAAGCUGAUCUUUUUUGUUCAUGAUCGAAGGAAAAUGAAGCCAGUCCAGUUUGUAGCAGCCGUAAGCCAGAACUGGACUUUUCAUGGUCCUGGAGCCAGCGGUCAGGCAGCCGCCAACUGGCUUGCGGGCUUUGGAAGGGGUCCCACACCACCCACUUUACUUGGAAUAAGGCAAAAUGCAAACACCACGGGCAGGAGAAGGCUACUGGUUUUAGAUGAAUUCAAAAUGGAAAAAAGAAUCAGUAGAAUGUUCUAUAUUAUGACAUUCCUUUUCCUGACCUUAUGGGGGCCCUAUUUGGUAGCCUGUUACUGGAGAGUGUUUGCAAGAGGUCCUGUGGUACCAGGAGGAUUUCUAACAGCAGCUGUCUGGAUGAGUUUUGCCCAAGCUGGAAUCAAUCCUUUUGUCUGCAUUUUCUCAAACAGGGAGCUGAGGCGCUGUUUCAGCACAACCCUUCUUUACUGCAGAAAAUCCAGGUUACCAAGGGAACCUUACUGUGUUAUAUGA